GCCACGGGUGGGGAAAAAAGGGAAUCAACACAGACAGGGAUGACGAGAAGAGCGGGAGAACGAGAAGAAAGAGAGAAGAAGAGAAUGAGAAAGAGCGAGUCUAUCGUUGGAAGUUUUUGAGGUAGGGGACUGGGAACUGGGGAGAGAAGUGCUGCUGCCAGUCUACACACGCGGGGUGAAGGCUUCGUAAGAUCUUCUUGUGCUCUGCAGUUUCGUAUUGUACGGCGCGUGCGGCCUCUUUCAUUCGAUUCGGGAAUAGCGUCGCUCUCUACCCACGCGCGCGCGUUGCCACGGUUUAUAAGUACGCAGCAUCGUCAUCGUCGCGAGUUUUGUGUGCAGAUGCUAGCCAAGAAGUGGUGCAUCCAGUACAUGUCGAUUCAGUGCUCACGAAUUGGCGUUCAUCGCCGGCAUCUUUAAAAACGUGCUUUCAGCUUUGGAGGUAUGCCGGUUGACUGAAGAUGGCCUCGCCGACACCGUCGCUGGAAUCGCGCGCGAAUUCUCUCGGCUCUUUGGGCUCGCUUUCCCCAUUGACAGUGAGCGGUAGCUCACCGCCGGCAAGCGAUUCAGCCAUCUGCGACGUUGAUAGCUGUGAUUCGUGUCUUGACACUCCUCUUGUCAAGUCCGACGACGCGCCCUGUACGCAUUGCCGUCUCGGUGCCAGCGGUAGCAGUGCCUCUAACAGUUCGAUCGGCCCCGUUAUCACCGCUUCGAGUGGCCAACAACAGCAUCAUCAGCAGCAGCAACAGCAGCAGCAACAACAGCAGCAACUUCAACAACAACAACAACAGUCCAGUCAUAACAGUCAAACGCUGACUACGGCCACUGGUGGUGUCCGUUGUACGGGCUGCAAGUCCACAGAGUCCGACGCCGUAGCGCGUUGCUUCGAUUGCGCCAACUUCCUCUGCCCUAACUGCGUAAUGGCUCAUCAGUUUAUGCAUUGUUUUGAGGGCCAUCGGGUCCUCAAUCUUGGUGAGGCCAAGCUUGGCGAUCCUACCCCGAGCAAUGGCCUCGGUGAGUCUAAGUCCAGCACCGGUCAAAUUUCUGGAACUGCCACCACGAAUCCAAGCCUUGGUUCUGGAAGUCCGCUUCUCGUUAAUGGAGGUGCUAGUGGCGCUGAGAAAGCUCUUUUCUGCCCUCGACACAAAAGUGAGCUUAUCAAGUAUUAUUGUCGCACUUGUAGCGUGCCUGCGUGCAAAGAGUGCUCUCUAACCGAGCAUCCCAGCCCUCAUCACGAUUGUGCCCAUAUCUCAGAAGCUGGACCUCAACAGAUUGAAGCCUUGGCACGCGCCGUCCAAGAUUGCCGAGCCAAGGCCACGGAAAUACGUACUGCUGUUAAAGCUGCAGAUCACGGAGCUGCACGACUUCAGGUCCAGUAUCAUAAGGCCCAAAAUGAAAUCAACGAUACUUUCCAAUUUUAUCGAUCAAUGCUAGAGGAACGUAAACAAGAGCUUCUUAAAGAACUUGAGUCUAUAUUUUCAGCUAAACAAAUAUCUUGGGGCGUGCUCACGCAAAAAGCAAAUGAACUAGCAGACAGAAUUCAGCAGACUUGCGAAUUCGUUGAACGAUUGACCAAGUACACGACUGUCACAGAAGUGCUAAUGGUAAAAAAGCUUCUUGACUCAAAGCUCCAACUUAUGCUCAGCUACAGCUCCGAUCUUGGUAGUCAAGCUGCUGACCUUGAGUUUGUUAGCAAUUAUCAAGCAAUUCAAGUGGGUGUACGCAAUACCUUUGGAUAUGUACGCAGCAGUAGCGAUAGCAAUGCUGGUCCGAGCAAACAACCACCCAUUGCGCGACCUACGGCUGUCGGCGGUGGGGCUGGCUCUGGAGGUUCUGCUGCCAAUGUCGGUACCAAUUGUGGACCCGGAAGUGGUGGCAGUAGCAGCGGUACUAGUAGCGGCCCUGGUAGUGCCGGAUCUCUAGGUGGUCUUCUUCUCGAUCGGCCCUACAGCAAUGGUCUCGUUUCCUCAACCGGUUCCAACUGUCCUAGUAGUUCACCUUCACCCUUUGAAAGCAGUAGCAGCCUGAUCUCUAAACGCUUUUCCUCAGCUAACAGUCUCGGACCAUUCUCUACGAGUAUUAGCGAGCUUAAUCUCAAUGGUAUGAGCAAUCCGUACGAAAAGUGGAGCAACGGCGGUUCUGAAGUUUAUCCUGUUGCUGUCACCGGUAAUGAUCAUUUUCCCAUGCCAGGAGCGGUCGCGGCUACACAAGCCGCUCCAGCCGAUUCGGUUCUCGAGCUUACUUCCAAACUUAUGCCUGCUGCGGCUAUUUUUCCACUUAAGUCUCAAAUUAAGCGUCAGAAAAUGAUUUAUCACUGCAAAUUCGGCGAAUUCGGAGUGCUCGAGGGUCAGUUUACGGAACCUUCCGGGGUUGCGGUUAACGCGCAGAAUGACAUCAUCGUCGCAGAUACCAAUAAUCAUCGUAUUCAGAUAUUUGAUAAGGAAGGCCGCUUCAAAUUUCAAUUCGGAGAGUGCGGAAAACGAGACGGUCAAUUACUUUAUCCGAAUCGUGUUGCAGUCGUGCGUACUUCGGGGGAUAUAAUCGUCACCGAACGUUCGCCCACACAUCAGAUUCAAAUCUACAACCAAUAUGGACAGUUUGUGCGCAAGUUCGGUGCCAAUAUUUUGCAGCAUCCGCGAGGCGUUACCGUCGACUCCAAGGGUCGCAUUGUUGUCGUCGAAUGCAAGGUCAUGAGGGUCAUCAUCUUCGAUCAGGCAGGAAAUGUUCUUCAAAAGUUUGGCUGCUCAAAGCACCUAGAAUUCCCCAACGGAGUUGUCGUCAAUGACAAACAAGAAAUAUUUAUAAGCGAUAAUCGCGCCCAUUGUGUUAAAGUCUUCAACUAUGAGGGAUCUUAUCUCCGACAGAUCGGCGGAGAAGGAAUUACUAAUUAUCCGAUUGGCGUUGGUAUAAACGCCGCAGGCGAAAUUUUAAUUGCUGAUAACCAUAAUAAUUUCAAUCUUACGAUCUUUACGCAGGACGGGCAGCUGGUCUCAGCUCUCGAAUCCAAGGUUAAGCAUGCUCAGUGUUUUGACGUAGCACUUAUGGACGACGGAAGCGUCGUGCUUGCGAGCAAGGAUUAUCGACUUUAUAUUUACCGCUACGUGCAAGUUCCUCCUAUCGGCAUAUAGAGUCGUAUCCAGCGCCAGUAUUGACGUGUUCCUAUGUGCGCCCUUUUGUACUGGACCAACUCGGCACUUCGUCGAGGGACUUUCUAGCAACACAAAUGUGUGUCUAUCGUAAGCUGUGACCUCUCGUUUCUCUGCGAUAAUGUCUACUUCGGCUCCCUUUUCCUUCUGUUUGUCGUAUUUU